AUUCUUAACCUUACCUAAAGUCAGUGUAAAACUGUAUGUGGUUUUGUUUCAGGUAUGGCCAGUAGUAUGAGUCAAUCCAUGGCGUCUUACUAUAACCCGUCAGCUGCUUAUGGGUCACUAAGUGCAGCAUCAAUGGCAGCAGCAGCUGCAGCCGCACAGCAAUCCGCAGCGGCGAUGUCUGCCGGAUUAGCAGCCCCAUCUCAGGUCGUCAGCUCGAUGGAUGCUAUGAAAUACUCAAUGGAAGCGGAUAAAUAUCGUUCCCCAUACAUGCCACCAUCCAGUUUAGCCAUGUCGAUGUAUUCGGAUCCGAAAUAUAUGGAUUCUUCUUCAAAGAGCUAUCUGGAACGCGGCUACCUUGACUCCACUUCAGCUCUCACCAAAGCCUACUUUGAAUCUUCCAAAAUGUACAUGGAUGCCAACAUUGCCAAUAAAUAUAAUCCGGAAAGUACCAGGAGUUAUACACAUGCCGGUCUGGACAUAGGUAAAAUGUAUGCAGACCACCACCACCAACAGCAACAGCAAGCCUCCCAGCAACAACACCACAUGAGUUCACCAAGGUCGUCUGACUCUCCAGACGUCAAACCCAUCCAAGACAGAUUAGAAGGUAACUCAUCUUCCAGCUCCACGACAACAUCUUCGGCGGGAGCUUCACCAGGAGCUCUACCACCUGGAUAUUACCCAACGAGUGCAAUGCAACAGAGUACAGCGGGGCUGCUGCCCAUGGCUCAGUACGCAGGGCAGUAUCCCUCCCAAAUACCCGGUAGUGAAUUUAGGAAACCGCUUACUGUCAUAUUUUGA